CGUCGGAACAGGAAGAACGAAAGAAAAACACCUCGAGCACAAGAAGCAGCGAGUUACAAUGAUCAGACAGGCGAAGGGUAGAACCCCUCGCAGGCCUCCCAAAAAGCCGUCCAAUACUCAGAAAGACCCGGUGGGGGUGUACUGUCGUGUACGACCUCUGGGUGUGGAGGACGAGGAAUGCUGCAUCGAGGUCAUCAGCAGCAGCACUAUCCAGCUGCACGCCCCAGAAGGCUUUAAAACAAACCGCAAUGGAGAAUACAAAGAGACACAGUAUUCCUUUAAAAAAGUAUUUGGAGUGUCAAUAUCUCAGAUGGAGCUGUUUGAGUAUGUGGCCAAACCUCUAGUCGACGACCUCAUCCAUGGAAGAAAUGGUCUUCUCUUCAUGUAUGGCGUCACAGGAAGUGGAAAGACGUUCACCAUGACUGGCUCUCCAGGCCAGGGUGGACUUCUACCUCGCUCGCUUGACAUGAUCUUCAACAGUAUAGGACCAUACCAGGCCAAAAGAUAUGUUUUUAAGACUGAUGACAAGAAUGGCAUGGAGGUCCAGAAUGAAGUCGAUGCUUUGCUGGAGCGCCAGAAGCGGGAAAACAUGUCUUUUCCUAAACCAUCCUCCUCCAGACAAAGAUCCGAUCCGGAAAUUGCUGACAUGAUUAAGUCAGAGGAGGCGUACAAAACUGAAGGCGUGGAUGAGGACAGCAGCUACAGCGUCUUCAUCUCCUAUAUAGAAAUCUACAACAACUACAUCUAUGACCUCCUGGAGGAAAAUCAAGAGGAUGCAAUCAAACCAAAGUGGAAUGGUGGAGGCACACCUGUGUGCCAGAACACUGAGUUCAUAGCACCUCAAUCCAAAACCCUGAGAGAGGAUCAGAAUCACAACAUGUAUGUGUCUGGUUGCAUGGAGGUCGAAAUCAAGUCUGCUGAGGAGGCCUUUCAAGUAUUCUGGAGAGGCCAAAAGAAGAGGAAGGUCGCGAACACCCGCCUGAACUGCGAGUCCAGUCGCUCCCACAGUGUGCUCAUCAUUAAACUGGCUCAGGCUCCUCUGGACGCAGACGGCGACAACAUUCUCCAGGAUAGAAACCAGGUGACUGUUAGCCAGCUCUGCCUGGUGGACUUGGCAGGAAGUGAGCGCACCGGGCGGACGGGGGCAGAAGGCACGCGUAUACGAGAAGCAGGUAACAUUAAUCAGUCUCUGCUGAAUCUGCGAACGUGCAUUGAGAUACUUCGAGAAAACCAGAUGUGUGGCACAAACCGGAUGGUCCCCUACAGAGACUCCAAAGUGACCCAUCUGUUCAAGAACUACUUUGACGGAGAGGGAAAAGUCCGAAUGGUUGUCUGUGUCAAUCCCAAAGUUGACGACUACGAGGAAACCUUGCUGGUGAUGCGGUUUGCAGAGAUAACCCAGGAGGUGGAAGUGGCUCGGCCAGUGGACAGGCCUAUCUGUGGCUUCACCCCCGGCCGUCGCCAUAGAAACCAGGCCUUCAAAGAGGAACUGUCCCGCAAGCUGGACGAGCGCGGUGGUCCGAUAGAUAAAGAUGUGCCCUCGGUGAUAAACCACCUGGUGCAGAGCCUCCCUCCUCUACCUUCCUCCGAGCUGAACGACCCCCACGAUGACAUCACCCUCCCCAGGCUGAUCGAAGCUCUGCAGAACAGACACAGGAUCAGGCAGAUGAUGAUUGACGAAUACAACAAUGCAGCCAACAGGAUGAAGUCCAUGCUUCAAGACUUGGACAACAACCAAAUUUCUAAGGAUGAUUUAAUUCAUGCGCAAAAUGGCAAACUGGCGGAUAAGGACAAAAUCAUCCAGAACAACAAGACGGAGCUCGAACGCUUGGAGAAAAAGAACAGGAUGCAAGAACACAAGAUUGACAUCCUGCAAAAAACGACAAAAAUUUAUGAGGACGACAAGCGCUCUAUGAAGUAUGAACUGGAAACCAGAGAACAGAAGCUGCAGCGGGAGCAGACUGACAAGAAGCGCAUGGAGCAGCGCAUGCACGGCGUGGUCACUGACACGCAGCACAAGUGGGCCAAAGAAUGUGACCGACGCGUCAAUGCGAUGCAGCUGGAGAUGCAAAACAAGCUUUGGGUGAAGGACGAGAAGCUGAAGCAGCUCAAGGCCAUCGUGACGGAGAGCAAGACUCCAGGACGCCCCGAUCCUCCACCACGGCAGACCCAAGGUCGCCCCGAUCCUCCACCCCGCCAGACGCCUCAGCGGCCCUCCAGAGAGGAGCGGCUCCCUGCGAAGAGAUCCGCCUCGCCCGUCCCUAGCCCUGUGGACUCUCCCCGUGUCAGGCCAGUCAGUGCCACUAGAGUUGAGGAGGUUGAGGACAGCAGGCAGGGUUCCCGGUCCCCUAGUACGCCCACGAGAGCCGAGUCCCCAGCCGGCUCCUCAGCCCUCCGGAGCCGGAGGAGGAGAGCUCUGUUUCGGUUUCGAGAGGAGGAUGAGGCAAACCCCCGUUCGUUUGAUCUAGACCUAACUGAGAGGAGCUACCUGACGGCGACGCCGGUGCGGCCGCUCCACCGGCGCUCUCGCUCUGCUGGCGGCGAGAAGUGGGUUGACCACAAGCCUUUGUCCAACUUGGACUUGGGUACAGUUCUGCAGCCGGUCAUCCCCAAUUCCAUCCAGGUGUCUUCAGCAAGUGAGAAGGUCCUGUCCAAGUGUGACCGAUACGUGUUGACGCACCAGGAGAUCGCCUCUGAUGGGGAAAUACAGACCAAACUCAUCAAGGGGGAUGUGAUGAAAACAAGAGGCGGAGGACAGGCUGUCCAGUUCACUGACAUCGAGACGCUGAGGCAGGAGCUCACCUCAGUCCCCAGGCGUAAAAGAAAAUCCUCCGAAGGUGAAGCAGGAACAGAUGGUGCUUGGACCGAUGUGGAGACGAGGUGUUCUGUGGCUUUGGAGAUGAGGGCUGGCUCCAACAUGGGUCCUGGCGUUGAGCAUCAUGCCAUCAACAAGCGCAGAAAACCCUGACGGCCGCCGCCAGCUGCUCCAGUGAUCGCUCCCUCCCACCCGGCUGUUGUGCAAUAGUCUCAACUUUUAAUAUUUAAACAUUUUCCACGCUUUUAUAUAUUCAGAAGUGUAUAUACAUGGAUCACCAAAGCUGUUUUGUAAAAAUAUUUUAUACGUAGUAUUUGAACCAAUAGAUAACAAGUAUUCUGUGAUUCUGCUUGCAUAUUUUUUACACAUGGUGAAUCGUUGUGAAGCUGCCACAAAUAUUGAUUUUCAUCUGCUCCACACGGUUUUGUUCUGGAGGGGUAAAUUAUAUCGAGUUUACAGUAGACUGAAUAAUCCAGUUAUUUUUGAAUUCUCUUUAUACAAUGUGGUUCUGCUGUUGAGAAGCUUUCCUUCCUUCACUGUACCCUCAGGAAUAAAAUUCCUUUGAAGCA